AAAAUUGUUUUGUGUGAAAUUUUGAAAUUUUUAUCUUGAAAAUGGCAAAUUUGCCACCAGUACAAAUUGAAAAUAUCCAGAAAGCUUUAAACCUUACACAGAAACUUCGUUCAAAUGUAACCCAGUUGUUUCAGAAGCUCUCAGAUGGAUUUGAUGAUGUAGAAAACAAUGACAAGACUUUGUUGAGUGAAAUUCAGAAAUCUCUUGGUUCUGUCAACAAAGAUUUCAGUGAUUUAGAAACUGGCAGUAACUCUCUAACACAAGUUACAGGAUCUGGUAAUAGUCAGUUAUUAUGUAUAGAUCCAGUUAUAGAUAAAACUUCUACAUAUUCACAGAUACUACAGUCAUAUAAAUGGACUGAUAAGAUGAGAGAGCAAGCUGCCUAUGCUCAUGCAUUAAUUAAAGAAAAUCCUUUUAAAAGAACUCAUGUCCCAAGUGGUCUCUUUCCCAAAAGAAUCAGAAGAAAUCAGCUAGCUUACAGCUACCCUCCAAAUCGAUUAGAUGAACUAAUUAAUCUACUACAAGUACAGUAUAUAGAUACAAUGAAUAUAUCAGUUGUCAGACCUCUAGGGAGUUCAGCAGUAGUCCAGGUUGUAUUGGGUAAAACAUUAAAAGCUUUAUUAGUAUUCCGUGGUAUAGUUAUAGAAUGGGUCAAAGUGAAAGGUUUCAUGGAAGAAUUUCAAAAUGAAGAUGGCAAGGUUGAUAUCUGGUCUUCCUCAAGAUAUGAAGUCUUUAGAAAGAUCACCAACCAUGUAACAGCAGCUACUCUACAUUAUUACCUACCAGAAAUGCCUGAUUUAGCUAUUAAAUCUAUUAUGAUUUGGUUACAGUCCUACUCUACCUUAUUCUCAGCACCCUGUCAAAAAUGUGGUAAAUUUUUACAAAAUGGUCUGCCUGCAACAUGGAGGUGUUUAAGAACUAAAAAAGCCUAUCAUGAACAAUGUAAAUUAAUGAUACAAAUGAAGUGAUCUGCUCAAAACUGAAGGUCUAUAUUCUAUAUUUAGAAGACUUUUAAAGACACUGGCAUGUCAAUAAAUGUUUUGGAACAGACAUAAAAUUGUCUUGGAACAGGAUUGUGAUGUGAGAGUUUCAACAGAAAUAUACUAUGCAAGGCAUUUAAAACUGAAAUUGCCUUAUGAUUAAUUUAUUUCAUCUUAAAAAGAAAGAUCAAGAAAUGGACAGAGAAAAGGUUCUAGAAAACUUUUAUCGAUAUUUGCCAGAUUCUCGGUAUUUCAAAAGGACAUUUCUAUAUGUGUGUCACUGUCAACAGAUAUAUGAUGAUGUUUAUCUGAUAAUAGUCAUGGCUGUAAGACGUAACACUCAAUUUCAUCUUCUUCAUUCAAUUCACUAGUUGUUUUGUAUCAGUCUGUGUAAAGACUAUAAACUACACAUUUUUGUACUGUAUUUUGUCAUAAAAUCAUUGCUAUCAAUCAUGCAAAUAUAUGUAAUCCGUAAAUUCCUUAUUUUUGAUUACUUAAGUGAAAAAGAUAUAACGCCAU